AUGUCAACGGAUCCUAUCCAUCCAGAAAGGCUUUCAGCCUUCUGGUCCGUAAAUGCGAACCCCAUGGAUCCAUCAAAACAGGCCUUCUUGAUACAGCAGUCCCUGAACAAGUUAGUGGGCGCCACUGGAGAACAGUUGGCGCCGGGCGCUGUUCCACAACAACCCGUUUUGGCCGCAGGGUUGGCACCGUCUGCACUCACUUCCCUACAAACUCAGCAACUGAAUAACAUGGUAGCUGCUAUUCAGAAGCAGGCAGCUCAGAAUGCAGCGCUUAUGCAGAGUAUGCAGAAUGUGCCGUCUACUUCUAUGCAGGGACCGUCGCAUCUUGCACCUUUGGAUGUUGCUGGUGAGUUUGGCCUGUUUUAUGUAGCGCAUUUGAUAAACGAAGACAUCGACUCCGUAGCGCAGCGGCAGUGUGGGCCAUAG